AUGAAGCGCUCGCAACAAACCCUGCGCAGACAGAGCUCGAUUGCAGCAUCUAAGAGGAUAUCAGUCCAGCUGCAGAACGAGCCAGUCGAUGAGCCAGACGCUUUCCAGCUCACCCGCCGGGCCAAGCAACCCAGCAGUAGCGUGUCGCCGCCACCUGAAGACGCGUCUGACGCGUCGAGCGAAGAUCAUGCACCAUCAUCACCAGGAUCUGUGAUCAAGGGAGAGGAGGAUGAGGAGGAGGAGGCAGUAGAAGCCCCGCAACCACUGCGGAAGAAGCAGAAAACAACCAAAGGUGGGACGCGGAAACCCAACGGCAAUGCACAGCUCCACGAGCGCCUGUUCGGCACCGCCGCAGGACACCUACGUGCCGACCGGGAAGCGUGCGCACUCUCCGCGCGCCUGCACAACCUGAGCUACCACCGUCCCUUACUCCUCGACGGCCCGGAAGGGCCCGCAGGACGCGCAUCUCUCCUGUCAUGGUUCGACUCCGUGAGCACCGCGCGCGCCAUGCCCUGGCGCAAGGCGUGGCUCGACCCCCGCGGCGGCGGCGGCACUGACGACGGCGACGACGACGAGAUGCGCCGCCUGCUCGAGCGGCGCGCCUACGAGGUCUGGAUCAGCGAGAUCAUGCUGCAGCAGACGCGCGUCGCCGUCGUCAUCGGCUACUGGACCAGGUGGAUGGCCGCCUGGCCCACGAUCCGGGACCUCGCCGCCGCCGACGCCGACGACGUGCUGGCCAUGUGGCGCGGGCUGGGGUACUACAGCCGCGCGACGCGCAUCCACGAGGCGGCGAAGCUGGUGGUCGCGGACCCGGCCAUGAGGGGCCUGCUGCCCGAGGACGCGCGCGAGCUCGCGGCCAAGGUGCCCGGCGUGGGUCCGUACACGGCCGGUGCGAUAUCGGCCAUCGUGUACGGGCGGCCGGCGCCCAUGGUUGACGGGAAUGUGCUGAGGGUCUUGAGCCGCCAGUUGGGGCUGUAUGUCGAUGUCAAGACCGAGAAGGCUGUGAUUGAUCUACUGUGGGCUGCUGCAGGUGCGCUCGUCAAGGCUGUCGCGUGGGAUGGCGCCGGUACGAAAGACGGCCAAGAUCACUCACAGGAAGAGCCGCCGAUCAGUGACAGACCCGGGCAAUGGGGCCAGGCGCUCAUGGAGCUCGGAAGCACAAUCUGUACGCCAAAGCCAGACUGUUCUUCCUGUCCCAUCACCUCGACAUGUAGAGCUUAUGCUGAGGGGAAACAGAAGGCGGCUAAGAAAGCUGCCGGCAAGUCUCAGACCGCACUUCGAGACGUCGAAGACCUAUGCACAUUCUGCCAGCCGUUUGACGAGGACCAAGACGAGGCGACGCCUUUAGAGGCUGUCUCGGAUGACAACGCCAAGGCCAAACCAAAGGCGAAGAAGCAACUUACGCUGUCAUCAUUUGCCUUUAAACAGUCCACAGGUGGCAAACCUGCCUCGAAUGCACCCCCCAAGGCAGACUCUGGCGCAGUAUUGGAGGCCAUUGUCAAUCAUGCCAAAAGGUUUCCGGUUAAGACAAUCAAGAAGGCCGUCAGGCAGGAGGAGAUUAUCGUUUGCGCGAUCCGGCGGAAUGAUGGCCAGUAUCUGAUCCAGCGGCGCCCUCAAAAGGGCCUGCUGGCCGGUCUAUGGGAGUUUCCGAGCAAAGACCUGCCGACUGCAGAAGAGAGAACACCCAAGAGACGGAAACAACUCGCAAAGUCAUUUGGCCCUGGUCUGUUGAGUAGUAGUACGAAGGCCGGCAGCCAGUUGCGACAUCACGGAGAGCUGGGGUCGGUCCCCUGGCUGUUCUCGCAUAUCAAACUCACAAUGCACGUCCACUUGUUCACCCUGGACGACGGAGAUGAGGUGGACAGUGCAUUUGUAUCGAAUGAUCCCCAGCGCCCCCUCCGAUGGAGCGACUCUAUAGAAGACGAGUCGAUGGGCACCGGAAUGCGGAAAUGCUGGGGUCUGGUGAAGGAAAUCGAGUAG